AUGGCAUCCACCAGGAAGCCGACGACGAAGCUUGCGGCGUUCAUGGCGCCCCUGCCCCUCCUCGCGCUGCUCUUCUUGUCCGGCGCUCUCGAGGCUGUAGUAGGCGCGAGCAACGACACCUCAGCUGCCGGCGCGAGCUACACGUGCAGCUCUGGCAGCAUGUUCCUGGCGUCGUCGGCGUCGCAGAGCGUGUUCAGCCUCGACCGCUACGGCGCCCGUGGCGACGGGAGGCACGACGACACGCGCGCGCUCGCCAGGGCGUGGAAGGCGGCGUGCGCCUCGCCGCGGCCGGCCGUCGUGCUCGUCCCCAACGGCAGGCGCUACCUGCUAAAGGUCGUCACCCUCCGUGGCCCGUGCAAGUCCACCGUCACGGUCACCGUGAAGGGCACGCUGGUGGCGUCGCCGAACAGAGCGGACUGGAGCGACAGGGAUAGGAGGCUCUGGAUCGUGUUCCGAAGCGUCAACAAGCUCACUCUCGACGGCGGUGGCACCAUCGACGGCAACGGACACAAGUGGUGGCCGCACUCGUGCAAGAUCAACAAGGCUCUGCCUUGCAAGGAGGCUCCAACAGCUUUGUCAUUCCACUACUGCACCAAUUUGAAGGUGGACAAUCUGAAAAUUGUGAAUAACCAACAGAUCCACAUGUCGGUCGAGGACUGCGCCAAUGUGCAACUGGCGAAGUUGUCCAUCACAGCACCUGGCACGAGCCCUAACACUGACGGCAUUCACAUCACUCGGAGCAAAGAUGUGUGGGUCACAAAUUGCAAGAUCAAGACUUGGGAUGAUUGCAUAUCAAUUGAGGAUGGGACUCAUAAACUUCAUGUCUCCAAUGUUAUUUGUGGUCCUGAGCACGGGAUCAGCAUCGGAAGCUUAGGAGAUGACGACUCACGAGCCAAAGUCUCUGGUUCAGCCAUGUACGCAAUGCAAUCACGCCCAUGCUGA